AUGAAUACAAUAAGCUAUUGUGCCUUCACAUUUUUAUUAUUCUUGUUAGCGCAUUUUGGAGAGAGUGCUAAUAUCAACGUUGCUGCAAAAGCUGAUGCAAAUGUUGCUCCGGCAUUAUUGAAAGCUUGGAAAGAAGCAUGUGCAGCCACAACUCCCAGCACCGUUGUGAUCCCAAAAGGUACAUAUCCAAUGACCCAAGUUCUACUUGCGGGUCCAUGCAAAGCCCCAAUUGAGCUUAAAAUCGAGGCUACCUUGAAGGCCCCUCCUAAUCCUAAAGAUAUGGAGGGCAAAAAGGAAUGGUUAACUAUCCAAUACAUAGAUCAUUUCACACUCUCUGGUGGUGGGACUUUGGAUGGCCAAGGAAAUGUACAUGUUUAUGGUGUUAAAGACACAAGUUUUAAAAGUAACAAGCUACCCAACAAUUUGAGCUUGAAUUUCUUAACAAAUUCAGUAAUCCGAGACAUAACUACUCUAAACAGUAAAUUGUUUCACGUUAAUGUUCUUGGUGGCAAAAACUUAACGUUUGAUCAUUUCACUAUUAAAGCCCCAGGAGAUAGUCCCAACACGGAUGGAAUUCAUAUUGCAAAAAUAAUUGGGGUUACAGUUAAAGAUUCUGUUAUUGGAACUGGAGACGAUUGCAUAUCAAUGGGGGACGGGUUAGAAAACCUGAAAGUCACAGGUGUGACAUGUGGGCCUGGUCAUGGCAUCAGUGUGGGUAGCCUUGGCAAAACUCCCGGUGAACAGCCGGUGAAGGGUAUCUUUGUGUCAGACUCUAAAUUUAUUGGUACAGAUAAUGGUGUUAGAAUUAAAACAUGGCCUAAUUCUCAUCCUGGAAUUAUAACUGAUAUUCAUUUUGAGAAUAUAGAUAUGAAAGAUGUCAAAAACCCAAUUGUGAUUGAUCAAGAAUACUGCCCGAAUAAUGAAUGCUCGAAGCAGAAACCAUCACUAGUAAAGAUCAGCAAAGUGAGCUAUAAAAAUAUAAAAGGUACCUCUGCGACAGAGACUGCAGUGUUCCUUACGUGCAGUAGUGGGGUGCCAUGUGAUGGAGUUGAAAUUGGUGAUAUUAAUUUGACAUUCAAAGGAGGUGCUGCAAAAACUGUUUGUAAGAAUGUGAAGCCUAAGCUAACUGGAAAGCAAGUUCCACCAGUGGUUUGCAAAUGA